UUCAACCUACCAGCACUUACUACUCUACAAUCAUUCCAAGCAAAUGAGCUAAAUUCAAUCUAAGCUGCUUACCAUGAGUGCUCCUCUGAAUAUAGUCUACACCGAGCUCGAGCCAGACGCAGUAGAAGCUCUGCACAAAGCAGAUGCAGCCAUCUUCCCAAACAAGUUGGCCCUCCAAACGCUACUCUGCUGGCAAAUUGCUCAACCAGACCUCUUUGUGCAAGUUGAAGCAACAGAUCAUAUUGGUAAACGAACAGGCGUCUUGUGCCUGCUUGGCAUACACAAGACCUUUCAUGAUGCUCUCAUGCAAGGACAACUCGAAGAAUGUGAUAUUAUGCCGGACAUGCUGGUUCCAAGAGCAUCGAAAGACCCAUGCGGCUAUCACGUCUGGCACAUUGAAAACAACUCCGGCAAGCCAAAGACCGGACAGAAGAGGACAAACUUCAUGAAGGCAGCGUUCACAGGUCUCGUGAAGGAACAACUGUCUAUUGCUGCAUCUCUGCAGAGUCAAUCGCAAAUGACUGUGUCUGCUUUGACAGCAACUGAUCAUGGCCAAGCUUUCUUUGAGAAACAAGGCUUUGAAAGCUGCGGUACGUGGGAUUACAUCGUCAAAGGCGUAGAUGGACAGAGCUGCGUGCGGCACAGCAAGACACCAACGGCUCCAGCACUAGCCAAGGGAGAAGAGCUUAUCCGUGCAUGCAACAUGAUGCGGCGGAGCUAUGACUGUCAACCUAUGGAUAAACAAGUGUAAGGAUUGAUGCAGACGCCAAAACGCACAAUGAUUGAUUGGGUGAUCCGUCGGGCAGAUGCUACACACACUUGAUGCCAUCUUUCGCACCUCUCGGCCACGCAUACAGCGUCUCAUUCAAGGUUCCCUUUAGUACCUUCAUCAGGCAAUGCGCACUUGA